GCCUUCGCUGCCCUCAGCCGCCGCAGGAGCAGCAGCAGCUCAACGGAUUGAUCAGUCCCGAACUGCGGCACCUCCGGGCGGCCGCCUCCCUCAAGAGCAAGGUCCUGAGUGCAGUCGAUGCGGCCGCAACCACGGCCACCUCCGACGGGGACCCCAGAGUGACUGCAACAAAAGGAGCUGGGGUACGCUCGGGCGAGAGACCCCCUCAUUCCCUCCCAAAUAAUGCAAGAACUGCGCUCCCCAGCCCGGCAGAGGCAGCGAGCAAUCCCGCGGCGGCCCGCAAUGGACUGGCCGAGGGCACCGAGCAGGAGGAGGAGGAAGACAAGCAGGUGCGGUUGCUGUCUUCGUCCCUGACCGCCGGCUGCAGUUUAAGAAGCCCCUCGGGCAGGGAGGUUGAGCCUGGGGAGGAUCGGACUAUACGAUAUGUCCGAUAUGAAUCCGAGCUACAAAUGCCCGAUAUCAUGAGACUGAUCACCAAAGAUCUGUCUGAACCCUACUCCAUAUAUACCUAUAGAUAUUUUAUCCACAACUGGCCACAGCUGUGCUUCUUGGCCAUGGUAGGGGAGGAGUGUGUAGGUGCCAUCGUUUGCAAGCUGGAUAUGCACAAAAAGAUGUUCCGCAGAGGUUAUAUAGCCAUGUUAGCCGUGGAUUCCAAAUACAGGAGAAAUGGCAUUGGUACUAACUUGGUUAAGAAAGCUAUAUAUGCCAUGGUUGAAGGAGACUGUGAUGAGGUUGUUUUGGAAACAGAAAUAACAAAUAAGUCUGCUUUGAAACUUUAUGAAAAUCUUGGUUUUGUUCGAGAUAAGAGGCUGUUCAGAUAUUAUUUAAAUGGAGUUGAUGCACUGCGACUUAAACUGUGGCUGCGUUGAGAAACUGACACCAAGGAACAACUUUCAACCACGAGGAAUCGACCUUUGCAUGCAUUGCAAUUUGUACAGAAUUGCUUUGCAGGUGGAUUUAGUAGUUUCCAUGCAGCUCUUAUCUGUCAGUGUCUCAUUGAGUGUCGCACAAUAUUUGUUGCACUUUGGCAUGGCACAUUUGUUCUGAAUUAAAAGAGAUUGUUUUAAACUUCAAGAGUUCUUUUGGUACCAACAAGAUGUGCCAGUUGAUAGCCAAGAUUUAUUUGUUCAUUUGCAAAGUCUGCUGACAAUGUUAUUUACACAGUGGUCAUUUUACCACAGAACCAGUAAGUGGAACAUGAUUUUUGUUUCUUAAAAAAGCCAAUGUGGAUUAUAAAAGUCUAAGUAUACUAACAAUUCAUACAAAACCUGCCAUAGUUUUCUGAAAGGGGUGAGGGAAAAGCUUCAAUUUUAGGUUUUAUUUUUUCAAUAUUAAAUUUUCCAUUCUUGAAUAUUGGUACCUCAUUGAUUAGUGAAUGAAUAAAAUGUAGGGGGGGUAUGUCUUACAGUGAGUAAAGAUAACAAUUAAUUUGCAUCUGCCAGUGCCUGUGUAGAUAAGUAAAUUUGUCUUUAUCCCUAGUUUUUGAAUGCAUGCUGUCUUUUCCUUUUCUUUAAGACCUUUGCAAGCAAACUUUUGUUUUUAUUUAAAUUCUAAAUUUGAUAAUAAAUUAUUUCAGAUUUUUAUAAUUUGGAUACUUUUUCCAGGUGAGUGACAGAGUGGUUUACUUUAGAAGUCCCUUUUUUCCUUACAGUAAGAAGUUGAAUCUACUUGGAAAAUCUUUGAGAAAUGGCUCAAAAGGGAUGAGAAAAGUUGAAGGAGCCGGGAAUUGCUGGGUUUUGGAUGCACUUUGUUUUUUAAGAGUGAGGGAAUUUUGGGAAAAGAAUAGAAAAUUAAUGUAAAUUGGUAUGAUUUUAUUUAAUCAAAAUUAUUGCUAAGCUGUGAAAAACAGCUUUUACAAAACAGCUGUAAUUUUUUUUUUCCCACUUGAUUUUGAUUCACAUUGCUUCCAUUUCUUAAAAUGCUUUACUUUUGGUUCUUGGUCUUGGAAAUAAAUUUCAAGGUGCGUUUUAUCCAUUUUAAGCUGCUUUUAUUUUCUUUUCACUUGUAUGAACAAAUUCUUAGGGGAUCUUUGCUUUGUUCCUCCAGAAAAACAAAGGAGGAAAUGAAAAUCUUCUUCGAAAUGAGUUCUAAAGUUUUUCUUAACAGCCACCAUGUUUAUUAGUUACGUUGUGUCUUGGCCAGUCAUUGCAAUGUAACAAAUUUUAAAGUUAAUUUUUUUUUUUCAAUUGAGUUAGGAAACCUGUGAUUGGAUAAUUUAUUUAACUGGAAAACCUAGGUACCCAUAAGAAAAAGAUUCAUCUUCUGUGAAAAAUGUUUGUAGUAAUCUAUGUUGUUGUUUUCUUUUCUUUUCAUUUGGAUAUUCUUUUUUUUCUGCUCUAGGAUUUGGUUUGAAUUUUAUUUUAUGGCUGUAAUUACUGUAUUUUUAAAAACCCUACCUCCAUUAACAGUUGGUAAAGGCCCCUUUUCAGGAAAGUUUGCUUUUUUUUUUUUUUUUUUUUAAAGGAAAGCUGCUCCUUGCUCAGUAUAGUGUUUUAAAAGUGAACAUGGUAACAAAUACUUUUAACAUAAAGAUACACAAUUUAUAUUUGAUGAAAAUAAAAACUUCCUGCUGGUAGGAUCAUUCAUGAUUCCUUAUUUUUAAACAAAACUUUUUCUUCCCAUUUUAUUACUUUUGAAAGUUUAAUGGGUAAAAUACUGAUUAUAUUAAAAAUGUGAUGACCACACAGUACUCAGCUUUUCAGCUGACCAUUUUGAGUAUGUUUUGAUCAAACAAAAUCAAUUAAUCAAUCAAUUUGGACUGCAGCAUUUAGAAGAAUAUGAAUCAUAGUGAUGCUUCUGUUAUUAUUUUUAAUAUGAAGAGAACUGAAUGUUUUAAAACAGUGUAUAUUGUCAAAUUUUAUUUCAUCUCUUUAUAUUUGAUUUGCUGGAUCAUAGGUAAUAAUUGUAGAUAAACAUCCAUUUGCUUUACUCACUAAUGGGUACAGUUGCAAAGUAGAUACAUACAAAAUUAUCAUUUCAACCAUUUUUAUGUUUUUGUCAGGUUGUCAAUGAAAUUGUCUCUACUGACCUUUUCCCUCAGAAUUGCUGAUUGACUGAACUGAUUGGACAUAUGUAAACAUGAGCUUAACUAUGUGAACUAAAAAGUCAAAUGUUUGCCACAUUGUUUGACUGGUGUAUGUUGAACAUCGGUGUAUGCCUUAUAUACUUAAUUGAGUAUGCAAAAAUUGUUUACUUAAGUAGACUAAAAUUUUAAACCUCUGGCAUGAUAACCCAGCACCAAAAUUAAAAGUCUCCAUUUAAGUUGAAGUGGCAUCAAACAUUAAUUUACUUUCUGAUAUUAGGCUUUCAGUUUUCUUAUAUAAGCUUAGAACAAUUCCAUAUAUAAUUGAUAGAAUAGGUUCACUUGGCUAAAACUGAGCAAAAUUGGUGCAACUUUCUUUUAAUGGGGUGCUGCCUCUUUAAGACUGACUGUACUAUCCACUGACACUGGUUUGGCAGUUGGUACUGCUGAACAUUUUUAUACAUGUUACCAUGAAGCUAUAUGUGUUAUAUUGAAGAAGCUAACGGGUAUGCUACCAUUUUUGAUCUGUGGGCUGAUUAUAACUUACUUUACAUUGGGAUGAAACUACUUACUCUAGAGAAGUCCACAGAUCAGAAAUCAGACAGUAGUUUUUAAAGUUGAAGCCAGCAAAAUAAGAAAAAAAAAUUACUGUUAAAAAAUUGUUUUUCAUAUUUUCUGCCUCUCUUCCCCAAAUUAUCCUCCCCACUUGCUCGACAAAUCUAUGUAAAGGAGUUUGUUUGUCACAUGUUUUAACUUUACCUUGCCCUGUGUUAUGGUAUUGGCUGACAUGUAUAAGACUGAAUGUGUGUAUUUAUUAUGGUGUCUCAAAAUCAUGAAGUUCAUCACUUUCCAGGAGCAUAGAUAAAAUCAAAUUGGUAGUGCAUCAGAGUUACUUUUCAGUGCACCAUGACAUCACUAAAAUGAGUGCUAAAUGUUACAGGGCUUUCAGGUUUGUAAAAACAUAACCAUAAAUUAUAUUGACGUCAGAUAUGAGUUGAGUAUCUAUAAAAUAUCACAUGUAUCUCAAAAUAUUGGACUGCUGUUUGAUGACUGGAUACUGCUGCAUAAUUUUCUUCUAUUGUCCCGUAUCCUUUUGGAGAGAGUGGUUUAAUGAGAUUUGAAAUGUGCAAGCUGUCUAAAUAAGAUGCAGUCAAAUAAAGUAUGGUUAAGUUGUGUUUGCA